CUUCUUCUCUUCUCCGCUACUUCCUUCUCCAGCGCCAUCAUGUACCACACCAGCACGCAAUUCCAGCACUGGACCUUCCGCAGCGAGGAGGAGCUCGAGCGGCGCCGAGCCGAGGCCAACCGCAAGUUCCGCGGCAAAGCGGCGGCGAGCGGGAAGGUCCAGCCAGGCGACGCCGUCCUUCUGGAGCCCCAGGAAGAGCUGGCCAUAUGCAAGUACUACGAGAAGCGGUUGCUGGACUUCUGCGCGGUCUUCAAGCCCGCCAUGCCGAGAUCGGUGGUGGGAACAGCUUGCAUGUAUUUCAAACGCUUUUACCUCAGUAACUCAGUGAUGGAGUAUCAUCCUCGGAUAAUAAUGCUAACAUGCGUGUUUUUGGCCUGUAAAGUCGAUGAAUUUAAUGUGUCCAGUGCACAGUUUGUUGGUAACCUUCGAGAAAGCCCUCUUGGUCAGGAAAAAGCUCUUGAACAAAUACUGGAAUAUGAACUACUGCUUAUUCAGCAACUGAACUUCCAUCUUAUUGUCCACAAUCCAUACAGGCCAUUUGAGGGAUUUCUAAUCGAUUUGAAGACUCGCUAUCCAAUGCUGGAGAAUCCAGAAGUUUUAAGGAAGGCAGCUGAUGACUUCCUCAAUCGAGUGGCUUUGACAGAUGCAUAUCUGCUCUUUACUCCCUCACAGAUAGCUCUUACUGCCAUAUUAUCUAGUGGUUCAAGAGCAGGAAUUAACCUGGAAAGUUAUUUAUCAGAAAGCCUUAUGCUGAAAGAGGACAAAAUAUCCUUAGCCAAGCUACUAGAAAUAAUGAAAAGCAUGAAAAAUCUGAUAAAGAAAUAUGAACUGCCAAGGCCUGAAGAGGUUGCUGUUCUAAAACAGAAACUGGAGAAAUGUCAUAGCUCGGAGCUUUCACUUAAUAUGAACCCGAAGAAGAGGAAGGGUUAUGAAGAUGAUGAAUACGUCUCAAAGAAAUCUAAAAUGGAUGAGGAAGAGUGGACUGAUGAUGAUCUUGCUGACGCAGUGUAACCUUGAAGGAAGACUGAAUCCCAUGACUGCAAGUGUAACCUUGAAGGAAGGCAGAAUCUCACCACUGCAGAAACUACUGUUCAGUGUCAGGGGGUGAACCUGCCUGCCACAGGUCCUUACUCUGUGUCAUGAGGUAUUGAAAAACUGACAGAAUCUUUGCAAUAAAGCAUGUGUCACUGCUAAAAUAA